ACAAACCCCCGAAACAUCGGAUCUUCUGCACCAAGUCUAUAGGCCGCACCGCUACAGCAGCUCCGAGCGACGGAGCGAGAGAGCACAGCAGCGCAACGGUGGCCACCGCAGGAGCCGCAGAAGAUAACGCCACCGCCGUCGUCUGCUUUCUUCCGCAUACGGCACAGCUAGACAGCUUGUUUGGAGCCGCUUCGUGCCGGCUUUACGGUGGAAAAAAGCGGACGAACUCUCCCAAACGGCGGCCAAUUGUCCCGGGCAUGCCUUUUGUCCCGCCUGCGAUUCUUCUCCCCGCGGUGUUCAACGUGCAAGGCUGCAAACGGAAUCGGCAAGGCGAGGCGCAGUGGGGAAAAUCCCAUCGAUUCGCUCGGCCCUCGCCCCUCCGCUCGCUCCAGAGGCACCGGCGCCGCCGACUCCGGACUACUACUCCCCGCGACGCAGGCGCUGUCUCCCUCCUCGCGCGGCGGCCGCCACCGCCUCCCAGACGCCUUUGAGGCAGAGAAGGUGUCAACUUUGUUUCCAUUUGAUUGGAUAUUGUCUUUACGAUCAUUGCUAGUGUAUUAUGAUUUUAUGAAAGAUGAUGGUACUAUGUGAGGUCAAAUGAAAGUUAUGAUAUGCCUUCCUUCUGAUGGCCAGAAUAUGUUAAUUGAUCAGUUUGGAUACCAUUGCGAUAAGUAGCUGUCUAGAUACACCAGUACCCACAAAUUCUCUCACACCCAAUAUGCCGACAUGGUGGGGUAAAUCAUCGUCAAAAGAUGUUAAGAAAACCACCAAGGAAAACCUGAUCGAUACAUUUCAUCGCUUGAUAAGUCCAAAUGAGCAAAAGGGAAGCACAAAAUCAAAACGGAAUUGCAGGCGUGGCAAUAAUACAGCUGCUGAGAAAGUUUGCAAAUCAACAACAGUGUCACGUCCAACUUCUCCAUCGAAAGAAGUUUCUCGCUGCCAAAGUUUUUCGGCUGAUAGGCUGCAUGCCCAGCCACUUCCUAUUCCUGGAGUACGCCCUCGAGUAACUCGUGCAGUUGCUGAUGUCAAUGUUUCAAAGCCCAUAUUGGAAAAACGUGGCAAACCUCCACUGCUUUUGCCACUUCCUAAACCCAAUCCACUUCACCGGGGACCUGGAAGCAGUGAUAUUCCUUCAGAAAUAGUGGUUGCUUCUGUCUCUAGCAAUUGUUCUGCUGAUAGUGAGGAUCGUGCAGAUUCUCAGCUUCAGAGCCCUGUUGGGAAUGAUACUAACAAUGUAAAAAAGGUUUCUUCAAAGAACAAGUCAAGUAAUGUUUGCAAGGAUCACUCUGGUGCUAUUACUACCAAGACCACGAAAGAAAUAUUGAAGCCAGCUGCUAAUGCAUUCCUCAGUAACCAUACACAGUCCGCGCCACCAAGAGGUAUCUCAGCUGACAAUAAUCAACUAAAUUUACAAAAUCCCCAGCCAGUAGUUUUUGAGAGUGCUCCCAAUAGUUUGAUGUCAAGUCCUUCGAGAAGUCCAAGACCAAUAUGUCCUGAUCAUAUUCUGACUUCAGCAUUUUGGGCAGUGAAGCCUCAUGCUGAUGUAACUUUCCUUGGAUCUGGUCAGUGCUCCAGUCCAGGUUCAGGACAAACAUCUGGACAUAAUUCAGUGGGUGGUGAUAUGCUAUCCCAGCUUUUUUUGCAGCCCACCAGAGGUAGUCCAGAGUGUUCACCAGUUCCUAGCCCAAGAAUGACAAGUCCUGGUCCUAGUUCUCGUGUGCACAGUGGAAGUGUUUCCCCAUUGCAUCCAAGGUCUGGAGGACUGGCACCUGAAUCUCCUACAAGUCGGCAUGAUGGUGGAAAGAAGAAGCAAACCCAUAAAUUGCCCCUUCCACCAUUGAGCAUCGCUCACAGUCCAUUUUUUCCGAAUAACUCGACACCAAGUAGUCCUAUUUCAGUACCCCGUAGCCCUGGCAGAACAGAGAAUCCAUCAAGUCCUGCAUCGCGAUGGAAGAAGGGCAAGCUGAUUGGUCGUGGGACAUCUGGUCAUGUAUAUGUUGGCUUCAACAGUGAUAGUGGUGAAAUGUGCGCAAUGAAAGAGGUUACCCUAUUCUUGGAUGAUCCUAAAUCAAAGGAGAGUGCAAAGCAAUUGGGGCAGGAAAUAUCACUCUUGAGUCGCUUACGACAUCCAAAUAUUGUACAAUACUAUGGAUCAGAAAUGGUUGAAGAUAAACUUUACAUAUAUUUGGAAUAUGUUUCUGGUGGAUCCAUACAUAAACUUCUACAAGAAUAUGGACAGCUUGGUGAACCAGCAAUACGCAGCUACACCCUUCAGAUACUUUCAGGCUUAGCUUAUUUGCAUGCCAAGAAUACGGUCCACAGGGACAUCAAAGGUGCCAACAUACUAGUAAAUCCAAGUGGCCGUGUUAAGCUUGCAGACUUUGGAAUGGCAAAACAUAUCAAUGGGCAGCACUGUCCUUUUUCAUUUAAGGGUAGUCCAUACUGGAUGGCUCCAGAGGUUAUAAAAAAUUCUAAUGGAUGCAACCUUGUGGUUGACAUAUGGAGUUUAGGUUGCACUGUCCUGGAAAUGGCUACCUCAAAGCCACCAUGGAGCCAGUAUGAAGGGAUUGCUGCAGUGUUUAAGAUUGGGAAUAGCAAGGAACUUCCACCAAUACCGGAUUAUCUUUCGGAGCACUGCAGGGACUUCAUUAGGAAGUGUCUGCAACGUGACCCGUCUCAACGUCCAACGGCAGUUGAGCUUUUGCAACACCCGUUCAUACAAAAUGGAAUUUCACUUGAGAAAUCUGUUACUCCUAAUCAUUUGGAGCAUUUGGCUGCCAUAUCAUGCAGAACAAAACCCAAGGUGGCCGUGCAGACAAGAAAUGCCUCCUUAGGUUUUGAGGGUCAGACGAUUUACCAAAGAAGGGGUGUAAAACUAUCUUCAAAACACAGUGAUAUUCACAUACGAAGCAAUACAUCCUGUCCAGUUUCUCCAUGUCGGAGCCCCCUGCUAAAGGCGAGGUCCCCCCAACACACAAGUGGCAAAAUGUCACCCUCUCCUAUUUCGAGCCCCAGAACUACAUCAGGCACUUCCACACCCCUAUCUGGUGGUAAUGGUGCAAUUCCUUUUAACCACCUAAGGUAUGCAACUUACAGCAGCGAGGGAUUUGGGACCACAUCAAGAGGCCUAGAUGAUCACUUCUCCAACUGUCAUAAAGAUCUGAACCUUGGGCAUUUUGCUGAGGCGCAUCAAGUCUCACAGGGACCUAGGGAAAGGGUAGUAUCUGAAGCUGAUAUUCUGAGCCCUCAAUUUAGAAAGAAACUUGGAAAUGUAUUUGACUUGCGGGAAAGGUUGUCCCCUUCUGAACAUUUUACUCGUCGUGCCUUGGUGGAUCAUGUGGAGCUAAAUCCUUCAAACCCUGGACUAAAGCGUGGUAAAUAACUAGAGUAUAAAAGGCAGGGUUGCAUUUUUUUUUGAAGUUUGUUGAAGUAACUGGUGGUUUUUGGCUACUAUGACCAUUCAAUGGCUGCAAGUGUAUCAUAGUAUCAGAAAGAUUGAUAAUUUCUUUAGAAGCUAAUGGUUGCCAAUGGAUGGGAUCUCUGUUGUCAUCAACGCAAUUCAAGUCAACAAAGAUUCUGCCUAUUCCUACAUGGCUGAGCAAGUUUCCUUAGCUUACUAAACUGGCGUGCUAACAAGUGACACGUGUCAAUUGAUGGGACUGACUGAAUCACGGAAUGACCCAAAGCAGUAACUCUCCAUCUGUAUACCCCUCACCCCAAUAUGUACAGAAGGAAUCUCAACUAGGAACCUAGAAUUUGCACAGGAAAAAAAAACAGGUGUGCUAGCCAUUUGGCAAUCAGUGCCAGUUUAUCUGUUGCUCCACAGUUACAUAUCCCACCCAUGGUUGAGGUGGAGCUGCAAAGUCCGUUGGAAUUAUCUUGUAGCAGUUUCUCGGCAAGAUGAGUCGCUUCAUUCACUGUACGUCGGUGCCGGCUACUCUGAAACUUACAUACUAUAAGAAUCUGGUCCCUUACUAACUGCAUGUCGUCCGAACCACUGCAUGAACUUGUUUGCACUGCUGCUGGGAUUACGAAUGUUGUAACAAAGCACGGGUUUUGCUGCUUGAUGGCGGAAGCAAAAUGUAGUACAGAUUAGGUGAUAUGCAGUCAAGUGUUUACCUGUCUGGGUGAUGGCAUUCGUCAGGAAAUUUCUGCCCUGGGCUGUUACCUUGCAUCGGGGGCAGUUACUGGCAUGCCCUCGGCUGCUCACAAGUUUCAGGCCAUGGUCCAGCCCCCCGCUGGGCUGGUCCUUGCGGUUUAUGGCGAUCUGUUGUCGUGUGUCCGAGGUCGCGAUCGCUGCCAGGGUCGUGGUGGUGUCUGCCUGUCUGGUCAUGGCUGGUGUGGCCUUGCCCUCCCGAGGAUGCACCUCGCCGAGUUGCGCUCCUCACUCCUACCUUGGAUGCUCCGGGGCUGGGGGACCAGACCAAUCUCAUAUGGUCCUUGGUGGUGGUAGCUGGAACUGAAAGGGGCCUCUGGCUGCGCGGUCCGCCACAAGAAACAACAAUCUCAGCCACGGUGUAAGCCGCGCUGGUUUUUUUGUAGUAUCGCGCUGGGAUCGGGAAUUCGGGAUGGGAAGGACCAGUCUUCCACCCUGGCUGUCAGGCACGCUGCUGCGGAUGUGGGGUGGGUGACUCAUCGCCGUCCUUUUCGCCGGCACCAACCCCAACUUGAGAGCAGAUCGCUUCAGCGGCCAGAGUCUAUUGCGCUGCGUAGCCGUUGUCACGGCGCUGUAGCUUGUGCCGAGACGCCGCUGCUUGCUGGCCGUGGCACAGUAGGGGGGUUGGCCACAUUGCAGGAGGAGGGUAGCAGCGGCUGAAUGGAUGAACUCUUAAAGCUUGACUCGCUGUCUCAUAAUUUUGAAUUGCACAUAACAGAGGCGCGGCAUAUUACACAAUUGGUACAGAUGAAUUACAAGUCUGGGUUCGGAUAAAAGCAGCUCCGAACUUUGAAAGAGGAAUGGAACUCCACGUAACAUAGUAGGGGAUCAUUUGAAACAGCCACGAAUCCAUCCUUUCAAGACCGGCAGCAUCUCGAAGCAGCAGCAUCGGCUCCUUUAAGACCUACUCUUGAACGGGAUCGCCCUGAUGAUCACCUGGUGGUAGAUGGCAGCCAGCGCAGCGCCGAUGAAGGGGCCGACCCAGAAGAUCCACUGCCAAGGCACAAAUCGGUGAGAGGGUCAGCAAUAGCAUGCGAGGGAGACGUUUUUGCAGGUCCUUGUCAUGGAAGGUAGCGGGUGGCUGCCACUACAACACUACAAUAAAGCAGCAUCACCCUUCGGAUAAGGGCAGGCUUCCAUAAUCAAAUCGAAUUCCCUUUUAUAUUUUGUAAUUACUGUCUAGUUUAGUUUUAUUAUAUAAACUAAGUAGGCUUUAUUUCACUAUUUAAAUUUAGACUUUUCAUACUACUGUUAACAGUGAGCUAAACAAUUUUUUUUUUUUGCUAAAGCAGUGAAACUAGUUAA